CUUCCAAUAGCAUGAGUUGAAAAGGCCAAUUUAUCCCAUUUUGAAAGUGGUAACAUCAUAAAAGUGGAGGUUAUCAUUAUAUAGCAAUUGAUUACUCUGAAGUACAUAAAUGCAUAAUUCAUGCAUUGUGGCUGACUGAUUAAAGGAAUAAGUGACCAUGUAGAUAAUACUAAGAUGUAGACAGAUUUCAAAUAUUGGCCAGAAUGUUUCAGUCAUGCUAAUUCACUUCAGGCAGUGCAGACCAAAUUAACUUUUAUUUGAUUUGCCUUCACCCACCUCCUCUUUGACAAUCCAGGGGCGUCGUCCUGUGCCCGGAUGUUAAUUAUAACCACACCUUGUGAUCAGUAAUGUUUUCCUAAAUAUAAUUACAGAAGACCGAGAGACUCAGGGAGCUUUUUGUAUUUCCAUGGUGAUGUACACACACAAAUAAAAAAAAUAUGCUUCCCUGAAUGUGUCAUUAGCACAGCCCUGACAGAGUCUUUGUUGGUAUUUCCAAAAGUUUGUUUAAAGCGUUCACAGUGGUUCAUUCAGAUGACACAGAAACGCCCAGAGAAACUGACAUUAAUACAGAAGAGGACUGAAACUAUUGAGAACUUGCCAUGUCUGCUGUAUUGCUGGGGAUAAAAAUCAUACACUGAUUGUUGUUCUUCUAAUAAAUAUUUCAGACCUUUUUAUGAAUAAUUAGUGCAGAUGCAAUCCCCUUUUAACAUCAUGAGGUGAAGUGAAGGAAAAACUAAACACGUUUCAAGUUCUGCAUCUUUCCCUACUACGUUGCUGGAAUCCUCGUCUAUGCACACAAAAGAUUAACUACCCUCUGUGCAUAUUAUAUUUUGCUCUGCCCUUAAUAUUCUGAAGCGGGGCUGAAGCAGUCGUUAUCUGUGGCGGUUCCUGGGUGAUUUUCAAGCCCAGCACUACCCACCCAAGUGGCAGUGACACCGGCUUUCACUGAAGCCUUAUUACUCUUAAAAGAGCAAUUUGGUUGGUUGCACGGCUAUUAGGAUCACACAGCAGCCUGAAAGCUGUCAGUACAACUGCUUCUCAUCUUUUUCACACAAUCCUGACAUCUUUUCUCUUUUCUGCUGGACACAGACAUUACUGUUUUUAUCAUUUUCAAUCAAGCUCACCCAGAACGCUGAGGAAUAUAUUCCCACUGAAAGCAAAGUGGAGAUCAGAAAUUAUUUUAUAGCUCCAGGAGCAGUGCUGACUGCGUGCUGGGAGAGCCGGAUCGGAUCGUGAGAAAUGUAGCUUGGCUCAGGGCUACAUCAGGGAGCUGCUCCUUCAGCUGUUAAAGAUGGCAAAACACCACCUACCUCAGGUUUUUCAAUGAUUGAUGCUCUUUUAAUAACCGGGAGGGAAGAGGAUGUGAGAGAUUUUGUGAAAUUAACUUGUGGAAAUGUUAUCAUCAGAGAAAGUGGGGAAAAUUACUAGGCUUGAACUUCUCUUCGUUUUGAUGCUCUUUUUCUCUGGACCAACUCAGAGCAAGCUGACUCGGACCCCCUGGAAAGGAAAACCUUGGAAAGGGGGAUCUCGUCUUCGCCAGGAAGACUUUCCCCCGCGGAUCGUGGAGCACCCUUCCGAUGUCAUUGUCUCUAAGGGAGAGCCCACCACUUUGAACUGUAAGGCCGAGGGCCGGCCAACACCCACCAUUGAGUGGUACAAGGAUGGUGAGCGGGUGGAGACUGACAAGGAUGAUCCCCGGUCCCACAGGAUGCUCCUGCCCAGCGGAUCCUUAUUCUUCUUGCGCAUUGUGCACGGGCGCAGAAGUAAACCUGAUGAAGGAAGCUACGUGUGUGUUGCAAGGAACUACCUUGGUGAAGCAGUGAGUCGAAAUGCAUCUCUGGAAGUAGCAUUGUUACGAGAUGACUUCCGGCAAAAUCCCACAGAUGUUGUAGUGGCAGCCGGAGAGCCUGCAAUCCUGGAGUGCCAGCCUCCCCGGGGACACCCAGAGCCCACCAUCUACUGGAAGAAAGACAAAAUUCGAAUUGACGACAAGGAAGAAAGAAUAAGUAUCCGUGGUGGAAAACUGAUGAUCUCCAACACCAGGAAAAGUGAUGCAGGGAUGUACACCUGUGUUGGCACCAAUAUGGUGGGAGAAAGAGACAGCGAUCCAGCAGAGCUGACUGUCUUUGAACGACCCACAUUUCUCAGGAGGCCAAUUAACCAGGUGGUGCUGGAGGAAGAAGCUAUAGAAUUUCGUUGUCAGGUCCAGGGAGAUCCUCAGCCAACCGUGCGGUGGAAAAAAGAUGAUGCAGACUUGCCAAGAGGAAGGUAUGACAUCAAAGAUGAUUACACGCUAAGAAUCAAAAAGGCCAUGAGUACAGAUGAAGGCACGUAUAUGUGUAUUGCUGAGAAUCGGGUCGGAAAAGUGGAAGCUUCUGCUACCCUCACAGUCCGAGCUCCUCCACAGUUUGUGGUUAGGCCAAGAGAUCAGAUUGUUGCUCAAGGUCGAACAGUGACAUUUCCCUGUGAAACUAAAGGAAACCCGCAGCCAGCUGUGUUUUGGCAAAAAGAAGGCAGCCAGAACCUGCUCUUCCCAAACCAACCCCAACAGCCCAACAGUAGAUGUUCUGUGUCACCAACGGGGGACCUUACAAUUACCAACAUUCAGCGAUCCGACGCGGGUUACUAUAUCUGCCAGGCCCUAACCGUGGCAGGAAGCAUUUUAGCAAAAGCUCAACUGGAAGUUACCGACGUUUUGACAGAUAGACCUCCACCUAUAAUUCUACAAGGCCCAGCUAACCAAACGCUAGCAGUAGAUGGUACAGCAUUACUGAAGUGUAAAGCUACUGGGGACCCACUUCCUGUAAUUAGCUGGUUAAAGGAGGGAUUUACUUUUCUGGGUAGAGAUCCAAGAGCAACUAUACAAGAACAAGGAACCUUGCAGAUUAAGAAUUUACGGAUUUCUGACACUGGCACUUACACUUGUGUGGCCACAAGUUCAAGUGGGGAGACUUCCUGGAGUGCUGUGCUGGAUGUGACAGAGUCUGGAGCAACAAUCAGUAAAAAUUAUGAUUUAAAUGACCUGCCUGGACCACCAUCCAAACCACAGGUCACAGAUGUUACUAAGAACAGUGUCACCUUGUCCUGGCAACCAGGUACCCCUGGAACCCUCCCAGCAAGUGCAUAUAUCAUUGAGGCUUUCAGCCAAUCGGUGAGCAAUAGCUGGCAAACAGUGGCAAACCAUGUAAAGACCACCCUCUAUACAGUGAGAGGACUGCGGCCCAAUACAAUUUAUUUAUUCAUGGUCAGAGCAAUCAACCCCCAAGGUCUCAGCGACCCAAGUGCUAUGUCAGAUCCUGUGCGCACACAAGAUAUCAGCCCACCAGCACAAGGAGUGGACCACAGACAAGUACAGAAAGAACUAGGAGACGUCAUUGUUCGCCUUCACACUCCGGUCGUACUGACUCCCACCACUGUUCAAGUCACGUGGACGGUUGAUCGCCAACCCCAGUUUAUUCAAGGCUACCGAGUGAUGUACCGUCAGACUUCAGGCCUGCAGGCGAUGUCAACGUGGCAGAAUUUAGACGCCAAAGUCCCAACUGAGCGCAGUGCUGUCUUAGUCAAUCUGAAAAAGGGGGUGACUUAUGAAAUUAAAGUUCGGCCAUAUUUUAACGAGUUCCAAGGAAUGGAUAGUGACGCUAAAACAGUUCGUACUACUGAAGAAGCCCCAAGUGCCCCUCCACAAUCUGUCACUGUCCUGACAGUCGGAAGCCACAAUAGCACAAGUAUUAGUGUUUCCUGGGAUCCUCCUCCACCAGAUCAUCAGAAUGGAAUUAUCCAAGAAUACAAGAUCUGGUGUCUGGGGAAUGAAACGCGAUUCCACAUCAACAAAACUGUAGAUGCAGCCAUUCGAUCCGUAAUAAUUGGUGGAUUAUUCCCAGGUAUUCAGUACCGGGUAGAGGUUGCAGCUAGUACCAGUGCAGGAGUUGGAGUCAAGAGUGAGCCCCAGCCGAUAAUAGUUGGGGGACGAAAUGAGGUUGUCAUCACUGAAAACAAUAACAGCAUAACUGAGCAAAUCACUGAUGUUGUGAAGCAACCAGCCUUUAUAGCUGGCAUUGGUGGUGCCUGCUGGGUAAUUCUGAUGGGUUUUAGCAUCUGGUUGUACUGGCGGAGAAAGAAGAGAAAGGGACUCAGUAAUUACGCUGUUACAUUUCAAAGAGGAGAUGGAGGACUAAUGAGCAAUGGAAGCCGCCCAGGUCUUCUAAAUGCUGGAGAUCCCAGUUAUCCAUGGCUUGCUGAUUCGUGGCCAGCCACGAGCUUGCCCGUAAACAAUAGCAAUAGUGGCCCAAAUGAGAUUGGGAAUUUUGGGCGUGGAGAUGUGCUGCCACCAGUUCCGGGCCAAGGGGAUAAAACGGCAACGAUGCUCUCAGACGGAGCCAUUUAUAGCAGCAUUGACUUCACAACCAAAACCACUUACAACAGUUCCAGCCAAAUAACACAGGCUACUCCUUACGCCACGACACAGAUAUUGCAUUCCAAUAGCAUACACGAACUGGCUGUUGAUCUGCCUGAUCCACAGUGGAAAAGCUCGAUUCAGCAAAAAACAGAUCUGAUGGGAUUUGGUUAUUCUUUGCCUGAUCAGAACAAAGGUAACAACGCCUUACUUUACAUCCCUGACUACCGAUUGGCUGAGGGAUUGUCUAAUAGAAUGCCACACAACCAGUCACAGGAUUUCAGCACCACCAGCUCUCACAACAGCUCAGAGAGGAGUGGCAGUCUCUCAGGUGGGAAAGGUGGAAAAAAGAAGAAAAAUAAAAAUUCUUCUAAACCACAGAAAAACAACGGAUCGACCUGGGCCAAUGUUCCGCUACCUCCUCCCCCAGUCCAGCCCCUUCCUGGUACAGAGCUGGAACACUAUGCAGUGGAACAGCAAGAAAAUGGCUAUGACAGUGACAGCUGGUGCCCGCCGUUACCCGUACAAACUUACUUACACCAGGGUAUGGAAGAUGAACUGGAAGAAGAUGAUGAUCGCGUCCCAACACCCCCUGUCCGAGGCGUGGCUUCUUCCCCUGCCGUCUCCUUCGGACAGCAGUCCACCGCAACUCUUACACCAUCCCCACGGGAAGAGAUGCAGCCAAUGCUGCAAGCUCACCUGGAUGAGUUGACAAGGGCCUAUCAGUUUGAUAUAGCAAAGCAAACAUGGCACGUCCAAAGCAAUAAUCAGCCUCCACAGCCCCCGGUUCCACCACUAGGUUACAUGUCCGGAGCCUUGAUUUCUGAUUUGGAAACAGAUGUUCCAGAUGAUGAUGCUGAUGACGAAGAAGAAGUUUUAGAACUCCCCAGGCCCCUGAGAGCCCUGGAGCAGACGCCCGGGUCCAGCAUGGACAAUCUAGACAGCUCUGUGACAGGUUCAAUGGUAAAUGGAUGGGGCUCUGCAUCUGACGAGGAUCGUAACUUUUCUAGUCAUAGAUCUAGUGUAGGUAGCUCCUCAGAUGGCUCCAUCUUUGCCAGCGGCAGUUUUGCACAAGCACUGGUGGCAGCAGCAGAUAAAGCUGGUUUUAGGCUGGAGGGAACCAGCCUUACAAGAACAGGCAAAGCCUUUACCUCCUCUCAGAGGCCUCGGCCAACCAGCCCAUUUUCCACUGACAGUAACACCAGUGCAGCCCUGAGUCAGAGUCAGAGGCCUCGGCCCACUAAAAAACACAAGGGAGGCCGAGUGGACCCACAACCAGCAUUGCCUCAUCGAAGGGAAGGACUGCCAGAUGAUCUUCCACCACCACCAGAUCCCCCUCCAGGUCAGGGUUUAAGGCAGCAAAUAGGCCCGAGCCAGCAUGCUGGUAACGUGGAAAACUCAACAGAGAGAAAAGGAAGCUCUCUGGAGAGACAACAAGCAUCCAACUUAGAAGACACAAAGAGCUCACUGGAUUGUCCAGCUAAAACGUCCCUAGAGUGGCAGCGACAAACCCAGGAAUGGAUAAACUGCACAGAACGCCAGGAAGACACACGGAAAGCCCUCCACAAACAAGGUGUUGGACCAGAGGAGACCUUGGUGCCCUACAGCAAGCCCAGUUUCCCAUCUCCAGGGGGUCACAGCUCAUCAGGAACGGCUUCUUCUAAGGGAUCCACUGGCCCCAGGAAAGCCGAGCCCUUGAGGGGAAGCCACCAGCGCAAUGCCAGCGACCUUCUUGACAUAGGAUAUAUGGGUUCAAAUAGUCAAGGACAGUUUACAGAGUAACUGAGAGGAGACGUGCAAAGCUGCUCUGAAGGACCAUCAGGUCUGAACUCAUGGAAGUGAUGACACGAACAGUGCAAUGAACAAUUUCUUUAUUUAUGUACUAUUAAAAGAACUGUAAAUGCAAUGUAAAGACACACAGCCACACACACCCCACAGAUAUUUUACUUGUGUUCUCUUAAGUACACCACCCACCUUAACUCUUUCUUGUCAGGAGUAUAUAAAAAAAGAAAGAAAACAAAGCUCGCCCUCCAGGAAGAAAAGGAUUUUCCUCUGUAUAUAAUUUCUUUUGUGCAUUGCUAUGCAAGCUCACUCUUUUUAGCUCUGUUCAUAUUAUUGUCUGUUCUUAUUGGUCUGUUGUACUAUAUGUGAAUUAAUAGGCUGUGGUGCCAUAUAUUAACUUUUAAUUGUGUAACUUUUAUGUUUAAAUUUUGCACUGCAAUUUUAUUUGGUGAUAAGCACAAAUCUCUACUCCUCGUGACAUGAAGAAAAAGACUGAAUGUGAAGGGAGUUUCCGUACUGUAAGCUAGGUUGGAGAAUGCUGGUUGUAACCAAUCACAUUAGAGAGUUUUCAGUUGGGGUGUAGAAAUAGGAAGAUACAAAGGAACAGUGGCGUUGGCGAAGUCUUCUUUGAACAUCAAGAACUGAGUCAAUAAAAAAAAAGCAAAAAGGUGGCUUUUACUAUUGACAGAAGCAGGAGUCAAAAGAAGGAAGUUGAAGUCUUAAGACUGAAGAGGCAUUAAGAUACACAGGUAGCAAAGAUGUACUAAACUUGCUAAAAAUAAAAAAAGGAAAUUAAAGUUAUAUUUAGAAUCAACUUUGCCUGUCAUUGUAAUUGACCCAUCUGAUAAUUACAACAAGCAAAUGGAAAUUAAGGUGUUUUCACAAGAGCUGUAUCUAUAUUACAGUUUUUUUAAAAAGCAUUUUCUGAAUUACCAUAACUAAUCUCUCCAGCUCAUUAAGUCAGGAUAUAAUAUAAAGUUCCCCAAGGAAACAAACAAAAUGAACUCUGGAAUAUCUAGCAAAUAGUUAAAGGGGCAAUUUAUUAUUAGGACAUACUCGGGCUGCUUGCAAAUGCAAAAACUCUAUUGCAAUAUCUUCUUUCAUCUUCUAUUAAAUGUACAGUAACACACUAGAGGACAGAGCUGCAUCACUGAAAUUCACGACUUUUUAAAUACAAUGCAGUUGAUACACAAUUUUGUGUUUUAUUUGAUUAAAAAGUGAAGUUCAUGCCACCAAAUGUAUAGCCAAAUUGUUAAGUGCUUAAAAAGCAGUGCUCAGAGUAUGUUCAGUUCACAGUAAGUAGAUUUAUUGGAUUAAGUAUUUUAUGGUACAUCCUCAGAAAUUGGCUACCAACUAAAAUAUGUUUGACCCAUUUUGAAUGAGUAAAUCGAAAAGAAAAAUUUUAAAGGAGAAAAAUGCAUGUUUAUACACUUUUUAAAUAAAACCAAACCUCGUAAGUGGACAUUAAUAACAGUGUCCUGCCUCAUUUGUUUUCACGACUUUGAGAACAAGAAGUUCCCAAACAUCAGUCAUGUAUCGUCCAAAUGGCUGUGACUUUGAAACAGAUGUUGGCUACUGUACAUGUAGUCAGUCAGUCAAGCAGAAGGCAGUUUUCCUGAAAUGCCCACGUGUGACAUGUUUCCAUGUGCUGCCUAUACCGUUGUAAAUUCUAUUUCUAGUUAUACUUCCUCAUGUUUUUCCUGUGAUGUGUUCAGUAGUUGGUACUCUGGAGAAUAUUCAAUGUAAUGACUAGGAUCAAUUCCAAAAUAUGGGACGAGUUUGAAUGACCAUUCAAACUCUGUGCAUUAUUGGCUCAGCCGCCAAUUGUGGGUCAUUCUGUUCAAGCAAAGAGAGGGCAUAAUCAAAUGUUUCCAUCUUUUUUAUUCCCUGAGACUGCAUCAGCACAGGCGAGAGUAGAGGGACAUACUGGUCUUUAUGGGCCCCAGAGUCUUGGUCCCAUGGAGUUCAUUUGUUCACAGAAGAGAAGGAAUUCUGAGACACACUUAUUAAACCCUUUAUCAACUUUCUACCAUCAGUGUCUGAAUUUUAAUGCAGUUGGAUUUCUCUGGGACAAAGAGACUGGGAAGAUGAGAAGUUUCUGUGAAGAAUGAAUACAUACUUAUUCACAACUGUAGGAUGUGAGGAAUUUAAUUUUUCAUUUAUGCAAUUCCCUACUUCACCUCUUUCUUUUAAAAGCAAACAAAGUUUUGCUCAUUUUUGUUCCCUCUUUAAAACCCAAUUCUGCCUAAAACUUUUAAUUCAUUACACAUAUUACACAUAAACUUUUACCCCUGGUAACUGGCACGUAUAUGUGACUAAUAAACCAAGACUUCAGAAACAGAGUAUAUGGAUGAGGUGACUUCUGGAGUAAUGCAGGGCAUAACAUCAUUCCUUCUUGAUUGUCUUCAGUGCAUAAAAAAUUAACUGUUUUGGUUAGAUUAUGUGAGGCUUUAUGGUUCCUUGGAAUGUUGUUUUAGAAUAGUUCACAUUUCUUGUUAAAUCUCAUUUUAAAGAAAUUGGUCAGUGUAAUCUCACACCCCAAAUAGCCUCCUCACAUAGAUGUAAAGCAAGAUAAAAUGCUGUGGCCAUCCAAAUGAAUUCAGGAACACUAUCAAAAAUCAAAAGCCUUUGUCAACUUGCUGUAUGUUAAAAAAACUUCUAAUAAGUCAGAAUGUCAUGAGAACUACCAUGAUUUUAUUCAUUUCAAAGCCAAUUAAAUGAAUGUGAUUGGAAAUUCACAGUUCUUAACAGAGGCCUGCAGAAGCUGUCAGAAAGAAGUUUGGGUAGGAGAAAUUGUACUCUCAUCUCGCACUCACAGGCAAAACCGCUGUGGGGUCACACCCUGCACAAGCACAGCUCCGUUCUCAACACGCAAGGUCUGCACUGGGGAAAUGGGUGAAUCACUGCCCCAACUCAGGUACGCCUCUGUGUACACAGGCAGAGUCACUGCGCCCCAUCUCCAAAUCUUGUCUAUGCCAUAUUUCAGUUAAGGAGGGAUAGUACCGGGGGCAUGGGAACAAUUGAUUUCUUCACAAGAUUUGAAUCCAGUUCAGUGGAGAGUAUAGAAAAAUGGAGACCAACAUUUAAGAUAUCCAGUAACCAAAUGGCAGUAAAAACAUUGCAAGUUGACUUUCUCUGGGUAAUAAAACAUUAAAUGGUGUUCUAUGUUACAGUCUAACGCUCUGGGUAUUUAAAUACAUCUUCAAUGAGAUCUGAGUUGUAAGUUUCUAUGAGUUUGAUAGAACACUUCCAAAUUGCUAUUCAACAAAGUUAUGUGAUUGUCUAUUGACAACAUAAUUAUAGUACCAAUGAGCUCUAAACUGUGGUUUUUAUCUUCUCCACUGGAAAGUAAUUGUGUGUCAGUAUUAAAGAUAUGCAGAACCAUAACAUUCACUAAUUUGUUCAUCUGUUUCUGUAUGUUGUAUUUAUAGAAUUACAUGACAAGAAUUGGUAUAAAGCAACAUGUCUUUCCACAUAAUCUUAGAGGUGAAGUUACUUUUAUUUUGCUUCUCUAUAAUACGUAUUUCAAAUGAAGCACCAUACUCUUUUUUUAAUGAAGUUCAAUUUACUAAUUUUUCUUAUCUCAUAAUUUUCAAAAGCAUUUAUUGUGACUUUAAAGUGUUGCAAGAUAAGGGAUUUUGUGGCCGUGGGUAGACUUUUUUAUACUUUGUUUUAUAGAUGGAUUUUUUUUUUAACUGUAGUUUGUUUAAGUCACCGAACAGCGUCCAAAAUCUUAAUGUGUUUCAUUUGAUGUUGUUAGAUCAGAAAAGACAUUGGCAUAACAUUGGUUAAUAGUAUUGUCAAAGAAUUGUGUAUUGUGUACUCACUGGGAAAAAAAUAAAAUAUAUUCACAUUUCAAA